UUGUGCUAACCAAAUAACAAAACCCUUAAAAACAACCAAAGCAACAACUCCUGCAAAAAAAGAGAGGCAGAACCACCGCUUCAGGCCUCAAGCAGAUAGAGAUACAUAUACAUUCAGAAGAUUUCUUCGUGUUGAAUCUGAGUUUGAUCGCUUUUGGCGUGUAAUGGCUCGGUGACGUUGUUCUGUCGCCGAGUCUGUGAAAGAGGAGAGAGUGUGAUUGUGGUAGUGAUAGUGACGGGAUGUUGCAGAGGCGCAGAAAGGGAGCAGGGGUGCUGCUGCGGAAGCUGCUUAUUUGGGCCAUGUGCACAAUAGCUCUGGUGGGCGUCCUGUCCGUACAUGUAUUUCCUUCAGCGAGAGUCCCCAAGUUCUCUGAUCCUUCUUUCAGGCUCCCUAAAGCCAGUAUCACACAAUACCAGACGAUAAACAGUGAGCAAAGCUGGACAACAGAGGAUGUUCCACCCCAUUUGAGUCAUCCUGACAAGUUCAAAGGUGCACCUGGGAUUUCAAAAUUUGACAAGUUGUGGAAGUCUCCGGCAAAUCGCAAUAUUUUUCCUUGCUUAGAGCCUAGUUCUAAUUACUAUGCUCCAGUGGAGUCAAGAGGUUACCUAUUAGUUCAUGCAAAUGGGGGGCUCAACCAAAUGCGUGCUGGGAUAUGUGACAUGGUUGCUAUAGCUCGCAUCAUAAAUGCUACUCUUGUAGUUCCAGAGCUUGAUAAAGAGUCAUUUUGGAGAGACUCUAGCAACUUCUCAGAUGUUUUUGACGUGGAUCAUUUUAUUAAUGCUCUGGAUAAUGAUGUCAAAAUUGUCAAAAAGCUUCCCACAGAACUGGUUACUGCUCCCAGGGCAAAUGUGGAAUUUAAAAGCUGGUCUGGAAUGAAUUAUUAUGAGGGUGACAUAGCUAAGCUGUGGGAAGAGUAUCAGGUUAUUCGAGCUGCAAAGUCUGAUUCUCGCCUUGCAAAUAAUAAUCUACCUCCAGACAUUCAGAAGUUACGCUGCCGAGCUUGUUACGAAGCCCUUCGUUUUGCCCCACACAUCGAAGCGAUGGGAAAGUUGUUGGUGGAUCGGAUGAGGUCUUAUGGACCUUACAUUUCACUGCAUUUACGAAAUGAGAAGGAUAUGCUUGCCUUUAGUGGAUGCACUUAUGGCUUGUCUCCUGAAGAAGCAGAAGAGUUGAGAAUUAUCAGAGAAAAGACGGGUCAUUGGAGAGACAAGGACAUUGAUUCUAAUCAGCAAAGAUCUAAAGGCCAUUGCCCUCUCAUUCCGAAGGAGGUUGGGAUAUUUCUAAAAGCUCUUGGCUACCCAUCAAGCACCCCUAUAUACAUUGCUUCUGGAGAGAUAUAUGGGGGAGAUUCUAGAAUGGCAGAUCUGCGAUCCCGCUAUCCUCUGUUAAUGAGCAAGGAAAAAUUGACAUCUGUCGAGGAGCUAGAACCAUUUAUCAACCAUGCAACUCAAAUGGCUGCACUUGACUAUAUUGUGUCAGUUAAGAGCGAUGUAUUCAUUCCAACUUAUGAUGGGAACAUGGCAAGGUUAGUUGAAGGCCAUCGUCGGUAUGAGGGGCAUAGGAAGACCAUUUCUCCGGACAGGAAAGUACUUGCUCAUCUGUUUGAUAAAGUUGAGUUGGGGACUUUGAAGGAAGGCAAAUCUUUGUCAGACAAGGUCAUUUCCAUCCACAAAACAAGGCAAGGGUCCCCACACAAGAGAAAAGGACCCGUUUCAGGCACAAAAGGCAUGGAUAGAUUUCGUUCGGAAGAGGCCUUUUAUGUAAACCCUUAUCCAGACUGUUUAUGUCAGAGAAAAUCACCAAUUUUGAAUACCUCCAUUGCCAUUCAAACGCUGCAGUGAUCCUCUUCAGAAAAGAUCCCUAUUCCCGCAGGACGCCUGCAGUACGGUAUUUGAUUUCUCAACUUCUACUUAGAAGGUCCACGAGAUGGCAGUGCCAUUUUCGAAGACACGGAUGGAAAGUGUAUAGCCCAGAGUCUCUAAAGCCGGAGCAAUGGAUAACGAUACUGAUCAAAAGAACAAUGCAUUAAGGGGGGGAGAGAACAGGAUUGGGUUACAAUUUACUGAGCCUAUGAUUCUUUCAAGAUGAAAACGUUACAAUGUUCUUAGAAGUUAGUUUAGUUUCAAGGUUGGAUAAGGGGAUGAAGAUUGGGAUAAAAGAUUUGCUGGGGAUGCUAAAUGUAUUACUGCUGCUUAUGGUAACAGUAUUCUCUUAUUUUGUAUAUAUUAUUCAUGGUCAUUGAAAGCUAUGAAAGUGGAACACUUCCAUUUCCUAGA